AACGGGUUAACGUAUAUCGGAUGUCACUGUACAAGUCUACAGUACCUUUCUGCUACUCUACUUCGUUUGUUUUGGUUUUUUGAAAUGCCGGUUGUUUAAUUAAUUGGCGCUAACGUUUAAUUAUUGAUGUUGGUCCUGCAUUGCUAUUUGUCCCAAUAUAUAGGCCUAGUUAAUGGAACUUAUACCUCUUCCCCCUCCUUUCCCAUUACUGCCAAAGGAGGGAAGCUCAAAUAACCUGCCGAAAUCUGAAAACACCAAAGGCAAUGGAGUUGCUAUAGAGUUGGAUACUGUGGAACUUUGGAUUAAACUAAAUGGAAAAAUAAAUGAUACUUUCAUGGUGGUGUGGCAAAAUACCCCUACAAUUCUGCAGAAUGGUCCACAGUGCGGACUUGUAGCCUUGGCCAUGGCUGCUCAAUCUCAUGGGCAAGCAAUUGAUACAGACUCCAUAUUUCAAAAAGCUUUAAAUAUGGGGAUUACCAAAAAAGGAGAACUAUUCAGCUCCUUUGCUACGUGUGAACUUGCCACUUGCAUAGAAAUGAAACCUUUGCUUCUCAACGACGGUUUCCACGAUGCUGAAGUUUUGUUACGAUAUUUGAUAUCGGACAAAAUGCUUCUCGUUCCGUAUGAUGCUGACUGUAACCAUGCACCAUGUCUUAAAAACGGUCAUAAAGCUCACUGGGCGUUGCUGAUUGGAGUUCUGUUUCAAGUCGAUAACAGCUUCAACCACAAUAAUGGAUGUUGUUCACGAGAACUUCUGAGGCAAAAUAUUUAUCGGAUAUCUGAUGUGCAUGCCAAUUGCGACCUACCUAGUCAAGUAGAUAAGGAAAAUAUCUACUUUCUGGCCAAACAUGGAAAAAGUAAACGACUGGCAAUCUGGAGCUACAACAGUUUGCAAGCCAGUAAUAAUAAUUUACAAGAAGUUGAUCCGAAGCGCGUGAACGAUCUAGAAUAUGUUCUCCCGCCUAAUAAUAAUCUAGCAGACCUACGCGAUAAAGUAAUAGUUUUGCGCUAAUUGAAAUAUGCAGACGUACUUUGUGUGGUUUUGUUUUAUUUUCAAAUUUUACUUGAGGUGUUUAAAAUGAGCCAAUAAACAUAGCACCAGUUUUGCUUCCUUUCCUUAAUGGAAAAUUUAGUGCAGUUAGAUGAUUGGUCCUCUGUCUUAAGUGGUACUGUAUCAAUCAAAUGUGGGCUGCAUAAAAAUUAAGUGUUUAAAAGAAUCAUUUUCUCGAUUCUUGUAUGGCACUACAAAUACAGCCCUUGUUGUACGCCCGACAAGGGCGAAUCAUGGUUCAGCAUAACGUUAAUAUUAACGCGGCAAAACGCUGGGAGAAGUCUGCUAAGCUCGUUUAACAAAAAUUGCAAGGUUGUUCAGUUGAGCCAGAAAUUCACAACGGUAGUGCAGGCGUUUUCCUCAUCCCACAUCUCCAUAAAAAAGCCCGCGGACUAAGCGAACAGGUGGGUGGUUAAAGUGAUUAUCCAAGAUGCUACCCAGUCUGCCAGUCAUCUAUGAACUUUGGUCGUCGAAACAAUCUCGCAGUGUUAAAGUGAAAUUCUCAGAUUUGGACUGCAAAUUAUUUUCCAUUCCUAUUUGGAGUUUGGAUCGCUUGGCUGCAGGAUUAACACGAUCGUUUGCCUGUCGUUUACAUGAAAAAUUACAUUCACAAUUAAUCAAGAACUGCAUAAAAUAUGGGAGUUCAAGUGCAUUGUUUUUUGCUGACUACUGCUAUGAUUCUGUGCUUACAACUUGGUUGGGGGUCAGAAGCGAUCAUCUACAGUGGUCGGUCUCCCGGUAAUCGCCGAGAUUCAGCUUCAGAGACAUUGAGUGGCGACGAAAAACUGCAAACGCUUAUUUCUCUGGAACCCUAUUACAUGUCAACUCCGCAACCACCACUGCAACGGCGGGAACUGCCGAAAAAUCCUUAUGCCGAUUAUGUUGAUUAUUACUCGCGAUCCUAGUGUUUCUUUUACUUUCUCCUCCUUGUUGUUCUGUCCACGUGUGAUAAAGAUUAAUAUAUCUCUGCUUACAUCAGGA